AUGCGUCCCACAGAGUUCAACUGCCUACCCGACACUAAGGCUGGUUUCCCCGUUUCGGCAACCACGCUUCGUAAACACCUUCGGCAAGCACUCCUGUACAUGGACUGCCAGGGUGUCGUGGAUGACUACCCGGAGGCACACUUAGCACCUGGCCCCAUGGAGCUCUGCAUGGGUGCCCUUGUUGUGGGGACACUCUCAGGUCCUGGCUGCGGAAUCGAGGAGGGUAUGUUACAUCUGGACGGCUGGCACCUGGAUUUCUCUAUGACUUAUGGGGCUUGCAAUUGCAGAACCUCAUCACGGCUAUCGGUGUCGCGUUAUGCCGGCAUGGGAUCAGUGAUUUUUUUUCAUUUAGGGCGGGUCUCAAUUUAUUCCGACCUAAGUAACAAAGUUGCUAGGGUCGCCGUAAUUUAUUCCCUGGCACCGCUGUACAGUGCUGGUGGUCCGAUAUCGCGUGCAGAUGAGGCAAGUCAUAUGCCAAGUGGCUGGAAUGCCAGACACCGGACCUGCAGCGGCUGGGCAGAGACAUGCGCCUACUCAUUCCCCCCUGGCACCGAUAUGCUCACAGUUACGCAUGCCAGAAAGCGUUUGGGCACCUUGGGCAGGGUGCACGGUGUGGGACAGGGGACAGGCGAGCCAGCAGAGAUAUUCAAGAGUGUGGCCAGUCCACAAUGCCGUAUCACACAAUACAUGAACCCUGUCACUAGGGAAGCGCACUUGGAGCGUGUGGCGCGGCUGUACUGCAGGGAUGUCGUACAGCAGUCCCUCCAGCAGCAGCCCCGGCAACUGGAAGCAACUGACAUGGUGCCUGCCAGCCCAGCAGCUGAGUAUGCUCUCUGCCGGCUCGCUCUUCAGAAGCUGCAGCGGGAGGACACUCUCGAUGCCAGCUCUGAUGCGGUGCGGCUUGGGUUGCUCUUCCCUGGUGCUGACUCUGUGCCGGUUAGGCAGCGCCCAGCCCUUAUCCGUGCAAUAAAAACCCAGGCUGCUGAUCUUGAGAAGGCCCGCUAUGACCCCGCUGCUUGUGGACCCGAGUCCGAGCUUAUGAGUGCGGUGCUGGGGAGCCUGGCGAAGGGAGAGCUGCGGAAGCUUUUUGUGGAGGUGGAGGAUGCCGUAGCCGACAUGCAUGCCCUGGACCACGUGGUAUGGCGACUCAGCGGGCGGCGGCAUCAGCAGCAGCUUGCCAUUAAGGAGAAAAGGCGCGCUAGGCAACGGUUUGCGCAGCUUUAG